AUGGCCAAGAUUAACACCCAAUUCUCCCACCCUGCGGUAAGGACCAUGGACAGAGAUCUCGACCAUGUUGAAAAUGGCCUCAGCAGGGUCCACUUGCCAAGCGAGGAGACUUCGUCAGAACUGCAGCAGGAGAUCACCAUGGAGACCAGAGGACUGGCGGAGUCUAGGCGAAGCUUCUACACCAGCCAGGGGCCCGCCAGGAUGUCUCGCCUGAUCAUCUCACUGCGAGCAUGGGCCACCAGGAACGUACACCAUGAGGCCCAGAGAACGGACUCAUUCCUGGAGCGUUUCCGUGGAGCUGAGCUAAAGGAGGUGUCCAGCCAAGAAAGCAAUGCCCAGUCAAAUACGGGCAGCCAGGAGCCACCAGACAGAGGGAGAGGUGGCUGGCCCCUGGCCAGAAACAACACCAACACCUGCAACAACUCAGAGGAUGACAAGGCGAAAAAGGAGGAGAAGGAGAAAAAGGAAGAGAAAGAAAAAAACUCCACAAAACAAGAGGAAAACAAGAAGGACAGCAUUGUGGUGGAUCCCUCCAGCAACAUGUACUACAACUGGUUGACUAUCAUUGCCCUGCCUGUCUUCUACAACUGGUGUCUGCUGGUGUGCAGGGCCUGUUUCGACGAGCUGCAGUCCAAGCACGUGAUGUUGUGGCUGGUCCUGGACUACUCGUCCGAUGUCCUCUAUGGCAUGGAUAUGCUGGUGCGAGCCCGGACAGGCUUCCUUGAACAAGGCUUGAUGGUCAAGGAUGCCCCGAGACUGUGGAAGCAUUACACAAAGACUGUGCACUUCAAGCUGGACAUAUUAUCCCUAGUCCCCACAGACCUGGCUUAUUUUAAGUUGGGCAUAAACUACCCAGAACUGAGGUUCAACCGCCUCCUGAAGUUUGCCCGGCUCUUUGAGUUCUUCGACCGCACAGAGACAAGGACCAACUACCCCAAUUUGUUCAGGAUCGGGAACUUGGUCUUGUACAUCCUCGUCAUCAUCCAUUGGAACGCCUGCAUCUACUUUGCCAUUUCCAAGUUCAUUGGUUUUGGGACAGAUUCCUGGGUCUAUCCAAACGUCUCAAACCCAGAGUAUGGACGCCUCUCCAGGAAGUACAUUUAUAGUCUCUAUUGGUCCACCUUGACCCUGACCACCAUCGGGGAGACCCCACCCCCUGUGAAAGACGAGGAGUAUCUGUUUGUGGUCAUAGACUUCCUAGUGGGCGUCCUGAUUUUUGCCACCAUUGUUGGCAACGUGGGCUCCAUGAUCUCGAACAUGAAUGCUUCACGGGCUGAGUUCCAGGCCAAGAUUGACUCUAUCAAGCAGUACAUGCAAUUCCGCAAGGUGACCAAGGACUUGGAGACUCGGGUGAUCCGGUGGUUUGACUACCUGUGGGCCAACAAGAAGACAGUGGAUGAGAAGGAGGUACUCAAGAGUCUCCCAGACAAACUGAAGGCCGAGAUCGCCAUCAACGUGCACCUGGACACUCUGAAGAAGGUCCGCAUCUUCCAAGACUGUGAGGCAGGGCUGCUGGUAGAACUGGUGCUCAAGCUGCGGCCUGCAGUGUUCAGCCCAGGGGAUUACAUCUGCAAGAAGGGGGACAUCGGGAGGGAGAUGUACAUCAUCAAGGAGGGCAAGCUGGCUGUGGUGGCUGAUGACGGGAUCACCCAGUUCGUGGUCCUCAGUGAUGGGAGUUACUUUGGGGAGAUCAGCAUCUUGAACAUCAAGGGGAGCAAGUCAGGGAACCGCAGGACAGCCAAUAUCAGGAGCAUCGGCUACUCGGACCUAUUCUGCCUUUCCAAGGAUGAUCUGAUGGAGGCUCUCACCGAAUACCCAGAGGCCAAGAAGGCCCUGGAGGAGAAGGGACGGCAGAUCCUGAUGAAGGACAACCUGAUUGAUGAGGAUGUGGCCAGGGCCGGGGCGGACCCCAAGGAUAUUGAGGAGAAGGUGGAGCACCUGGAGUCCUCCCUAGACACCCUGCAGACCAGGUUUGCACGGCUCCUGGCCGAGUACAACGCCACUCAGAUGAAAGUGAAGCAACGUCUCAGUCACCUGGAAAGCCAGGUGAAGAUCGGCACGAGUGACCCUCUGGCUGACGGGGCCACUCCUGGGGAGGCUGAGAAAACAGAGACCAAACAACAGUGA